AUAUUGAAAAAGGAGUAACAACAUUCUGGCAUAAUAAAAGGACGAAUCGUAUUUUGAAAUAUAUAUAUGUACUCAUUGGACGAUCUUUAUAUAGAAGUUUGGUUUUGCAUGUGAUAUUUUGACUAAAGUAGACGAUACAAACAUUGUGUAUUACCUCUAUAAAAUUUUGUAUAGCCACAAAACUGAUACGCUAAACAUAUAAUUUUGAUAUCAGGCAUUCAUUAAACAGGUUUGAGGAGAUCGCUGCUCAUGGAUAUAAAGAUGAAGUUUUCGUUUUUGGUAUUGUUAAUAUUGAUGGUGGAAUGUGACCUGACGGAAGGAGAAGGCGGUAUUGUACAAGAGAAUCAGGAUCCAAAAUGUAGCUCACGGUUUGAUACUGAUUACAAGCUGAUCCAGAAACUUGUACAGUUAGAAGAAAGACAGAAAGCUCUACAUGAAACAAUGGAAGGACUGAGAAAACAACUGAAAGGCUGUAUAAAAAGCUAUGGAGCAGACGACAACUUUGGCGUGACGUAUGACUUUGCAGAUCAAAUGGCCCAAUCUACAUGUACGGCUAUCUUGCCAGGGGCUAAUAAUUAUGUUUAUGCUGUGAGACGACAUUGCUCGAAACUUGCAGCAUCGUGCGAAGAUACGUGCAAGCACGUUGGGAAAAAGUGUUUCAGUGCAUUACAGAUACCAGGAAACCCUCGCAUUUUGCCAAGGGGCACGAAUGGAGCGCUUGGGUUACAAAUGUACAAAUACGACCUAUACCACGGCUGUUCGAGGGGGAGUUACUGUGGACCAAAUUUUUGCUGCUGUCAAGAUUAACUCAUGAUUUUUUAUGAUAACAAUAUGUUGAACUAGCUUGAUUUGCAGGUGCAUGUAGUUCAAAAUAAAUUUGCUUCCAAGAAGCUUAAAAUAA